AAGAAAUCCAUAUAUGGCACUUGUGCAGGAAAGACUCCAUCAGCGAUCUAUAUCACAACCAUCUUCCCAGCAAAUGCCAACACCGAGGAAGAACGCCCCACAUGGUGAUCUCUCUACAAAUCCUCUUGAUCCAUAUGAUCAUCUGGUAAAACCAAGACCACCAUUUUCACCUCAACACCAGUCAGGUUUUAUGGAAGGACCUGGAUUUGAUAAUACAAUACAAGGGAAAUUUUCUUUAAAAGACCCUUCCCAGCAGCAUCCUCCACUCAUUCCUACAUCAACUUCUGCUCCUGCUUCAGGUUAUUCAAGUAUUCCCGGGAAUCCUAUGGGACAGCAGACCUUUGGAACGCCACGCCCAAUGUUUCCAGGACAACCUCAACACCAGACGCAAUCUGUGAUGGGCCAGGAUCAGCACUUUCGUCAUUCUUCUCAAGACAGUUUCCCAGGUUCUCAGGAUGAUUUUGACACAAAUGUUCAUGGAGAAGCACCACUUGAUGAUGAUCUUUUUAAAGAUGGUGAAUUCAAUAUUCUUGAAUAUGCUGAUCCAGAGUUAGACACAAAUAGGCAUUCAGAGGCUAAUCAGCAACUCUUUAAGGACCUCGGUCUAAGCGAGGAAGGAGAUGUGAAAUCACAGAGCAUACCAGCAUCAGGUCAAGUUGAUGCAGAGGAGAAGGAACCAGUGUGUGGUCAAUCAGAGACUAAAGAGCAAAUUGACGAUGGUUUGGUUCAGGACGAGGAAAAACAUAUCACUGAAUCGCAGGAUGGGACUGAAUCGAAAAAUAGCAGUUGUUCGGACCAUAAGUCUGGAGAAAGUGUGAAUGGUGGGAACAAAUCAGAAGGCUGCAGGGAUGAAAGCUGUGAUAGAAAAGAUAACUGUGUUCAAAAAGAAAAUUGUAGUGAGGAAGGCUGUGGGAAAAAAGAAGGCUGUGGUGAAAACAAAGGAUGUGGCGAAAGCAAAGGUUGCGGCGAGAAAGAAGGCUGUGGUGAAGAAAAGGGCUGUGGUGAAGAAAAGGGCUGUGGUGAGAAAGAAGGCUGUAGUAAAAAGGAGGGCUGUGGCGAAAAAGAGGGCUGUGGUGAAAGCACAGGUUGCGGUGAAAAUAAAGGCUGUGGUGAAAAAGAAGGCUGUGGUGAGAAAGAAGGCUGUGGUGAGAAAGAAGGCUGUGGAGAAAAAGAGGGCUGUGGAGAAAAAGAGGGCUGUGGCGAAAAAGAGGGCUGUGGCGAAAAAGAGGGCUGUGGUGAAAGCACAGGUUGCGGUGAAAAUAAAGGCUGUGGUGAAAAAGAGGGCUGUGGUGAGAAAGAAGGCUGUGGCAAAAAUAAAGGUUGUGGUGAAAAAGAAGGCUGUGGCGAAAAACAGGGAUGUGGCGAAGAAAAUGGAUGUGGUGAAAAAGAGGGCUGUGGUGAGAAAGAGGGCUGUGGUGAGAAAGAGGGAUGUGGCGAAAAAGAAGGAUGUGGCGAAAAAGAGGGAUGUGGCGAAAAAGAGGGAUGUGGCGAAAAAGAGGGAUGUGGCGAAAAAGAGGGUUGUACCAAACAAGAGGGUUGUACCAAACAAGAGGGUUGUACCAAAGAAGAGUAUUGUGAAAAGAAGAAAGAUUGUGAUGAGAAAAGUGACUUGCCAUCAACUGUAAAGACAGAACCUCAGCAAGAAACACAUCAGAGUACAGAUGCUAGUUACACAACAUCGGCUAAUCUUCAACACUCAAAGCCUGUGAAACUUGAACCUGAAUUGGCAGAGUGCGAUAGUCAUGAAGACAAGAAAGAUAAGUGCUCCAGUGGUAGUAGUACUCCUGUUGUUUCCACAUCAAAUUCAACAACGCCAGCAGUUACCACUGCAUCAAUUCCUCAAAACCUUGUGGAUUUUAUCCCUUUAUCACAGGCAUCAUCAGUCAAACGACCACUUCUACUCGAAGAACAACCUCUUCUGUUGCAAGAUUUGCUUGAAAAAGAGAAGAUGGAGCAAAUGCAACAGCAGACUCCGCCCGGAACAGCAGCUCCCGUUGUCCGGCACCCACCUCUGAAUGACCCAUUCCUCAGUGAUAUUGACUUUGAGAAAUUACAAAGAGAAGCCAAGCUGUUUGCAAGUAAAGAGACUGAAAGCACUCCUGGUCCGCAUGCCCAGUUAUUAAAAGCGAUGACAAAACAACAUCAAGAGAAUUUACAGCAACAACAACAACAUCAGUUUACGGCCAAUCCACCACCGCAGACAUUCUCUGGUAUGACAAGUCCACGAUUACCAGGCCCGCAUGGUAAAACUGAUCCACCACAUGCGUUUCCAAUCAUGAGAGCCGGUAUUCAGCCUGAAAGACUACCCACAGAAGACCCAGUGUUACAAGGUGCUGCCCCUCGAUUUGGUUUCCCAACAAAACAAAGUCCAGGAAUGGGUGGUAAUUUAAGACCUUCCGCUAUUACUACAACCACUAGUGGAUUACAUUCUCCAGUUGGUAUAAAUAUGCCACCUGCUCAUGCCCUAACAAACCAGCCAUUUAGUGUACCUUCACCCAUGAAUGUCUCAAGUCCUGGUCUCAGUAUUCCAUCACCAAUGGGGACAAUUCAUAAUUCCAAUUCCACAAGUGGAGGACCGUCACCACUCGGUAUGCCAAGUCCAAGUCAUGGUGUGCCAUCACCCCGCGCUAUAGGUUCUAUGCCUGUUAUGGUAGCAUCACCCUUGGGUCUUCAAAGCCCCGGACCAAACUGCCCCCCUGCAGUACCAAGUCCAGGACUACAACCAACUAUGUCCGGAAUGAUUUCACCUUCCUGUCCUCCAGACACUGAACGUCAACAACAGACUCAAUAUGAAGAAUGGCUUUUUCAACACCAACAGCUUCUUAAUAUGCAACAAAAGUUUCUCGAAGCCGAGGCAGCGAAACACAGAAAGAAAAAGAAGACAUUAGCAUCAAGGCAGAGAGCUAACAAAAAGAAUGAUAGACCUUUCUCAGAGCAUGAUGAACAAGAAUUAGAGGCCAUAUCUCUGCAACAUAGCACGACUCAAAAACAGCUGGAGCAUAUUAGGAAACAACAAAGACAGCAUGGUAUUUUAAUACAAGAAUAUCGCAUGAAACAGCAGGAGAGAAUGCAGCAACAGAUGGGUAAACCGCCAAUACCAGGUCAGCCUCCUUUCAUGCAAGAUGGUAGCAUACCCAGGUUUCCAGUUCCCAGCAUGCCCCCAGGGGCAAUGGGGGUACCAACUUCCUUACAAUCCCCUCCACCUGGCCCUCCCCAAGGUCCUCCACCUGGUCCCCCACAAGGUCUACCGCCAGGUCCCCCACCAGGUCUACCGCCAGGUCCCCCACCAGGUCCUCCACAUGGUCCCCCACAAGGACCACCACAAGUGAGUGUCCAGAUAACACAGGAUGAAAACAACCCUUUCAGUGAAGUAUUCCAGGAACGUGAAAGACGAGAGAAACUGGAACGUUUGCGUGAACAGCAGGAGCGUCAAAGAAUACAAAUGUUACAGCAGGUUGACCGUGCACGGGCGAUUCGAAGGAUGGAAGAAGAAGACCACAUUAGAGACCACAUAGAAGGUGACAACAAACAACCGUUAAUGGAGAUGCCGUUCUUUGACCAAGAUGUUUUACCCUUCUCACAAAGUGGUCCCCAACAACCGCAACAGCAGCCUGGAAUGAACCAGCAACCACCAUCAUUUCAGCAAGGUAGACCAUUUGUACAUUCCGGUCCCCAGGGACAUAUGUCCAUGCAAGGUGUUAUGCCUCAAGGAUCCCAACCAGGCGCCAUGCUUGGCAUGCAAGGACCACGUCAACAGUUCGCUAACUAUCCACCCAUGAAUCCCGAUGGUGGAUUCCCAGUACCACCAAAUUUUCCCGGAGCUAUGGAGAUGUGCCCACCAAUUGAAAAGCCGAAAAAGAAACGCACUCGUCGGAAAAAGAAGGAAGUCGACCCUUAUGAUAUGCCCCCAGCUACUCCAAUGCCUACAGAUGCAUUAGAUUUUGGUUCGACAAGACCCUUACAUCACAUAGACGAACAACAGCACAAUAUACAAGAUAGAAAUCCAAUAAUGGCGAUGUCAAACAUGAAUGCGAAUCAGAGCAGAGACAAUUCUUUAGGUGCUUUACUUGAGGCGACUGUAAAUAAAAUAGAGUCUGAUAUGCCUAAAGUGGAUACUGAACAGUCUGAUAGUCAGUCGACGAAAAGUGACUCUUUGAAAGAUGAAAACGGUGAACAAAAAGAAGAAAAUGGUAAAACUGGGGGGAAAAAAGAUUCUAAACCGACUCAAAACUUGUUAUUGAAACAGCUGUUGCAGGGACCUGCAAUAUACUCACCGGCUGGUGGUGGUGGUGUGCCAAAGAAUCCCCAAACACCUGAAUCUGUCUCUUCCCCUGUGGUGGAAACACAGAAUGUAUCACCUAUCCGAUCUGUGAAGUCAGAGACUGUAGAUGAUGAUGAUGUCUCAAAUGUUGUACUUACUCCACAACAACAAAAACAAUUAGAAAUGCUUGAGAAAUUGCCGUAUGUCAAACCGACUAGCGAUUCGGACUGGAUCGCAAAGAAAUUGCAAGCUGGUAUAUCAGAUCGUGAUAUACUCAUGGAAAUACAUCGUCAGGAAUACGAGAAACAACAAGAACAACAACAGCAGCAGCAGCAACAACAACAACAGGCAGAGGCUGCCCCAAAGAAGAGGAAGAAAACACAAAAACAAAAACUGUUUGAUAAAUCAAAACGACGAAGAGGAUCUUUAGAAGAUGAGGCUGAUGCAUUAUACGAUGAAUCAAAAUCGUUGUUGAAUACGAUAAGACAAUUACCGUUACUGCCAUUAUGUGAACCUGAAGUCAGUGUUAAUUAUUCCUUAUGCCCCAUAUAUGGUAGUUCCACGUUAACGGGUGAAAAUCAACUAAACGGGACAUUUGGACAUUCUACAAUUGACGGAAUAGCUGACUAUUAUUCACAUUUCCCGUUUGGACCACCAGCACCGUUAACAAAUCCACCCACACCGCCAGCUUCCUUACCGCCAUCUCCACCCGAUAAAAUUCCUGUGCCGAUGGUUAACGGCAAUGCACAUCCUUCAGAAUUGAAUCAGAGGAGAGGACCAGACGGAAUUCAUGUUGGACCAUUCAGUGAACCUAGACGUUAUCAGUUAUCUGUUAUCCCAGGAGCAGAUAUCACUAUGGCAACAGCAGAUGAUGUCCUACAGGAGAUCAGUGUACAUCAGAGAACAAUUACAAAAGCAGUUAAUCCUCAAAUACGCAACAGUAAUAUUGAUAUUCCUCCAUCGCUGCCAACGCCGCCACCGACCUCUGAUGCCACUCCAAAAAUGUCUGAUGAUGGUAGUAGACCUGGCAGUGUAGUCCCAUCCUCCUCUCCGGAGUGUGUGCAAGAUGACGAGCCUUUACGCUUGAAAGGUUUAAGAUUGAUUGGCCACAAGAUGGAUUUAGGAAAAGUGCAAUCACCAUCACCAACAUUUCCAAUUAUCAGACCUACUCCAAAAAAGGCACUAUCAAUUCGUGGCAUGAAACCAGUUCCUGACAGUCCUGCUAAGUCUACAACCUCAUCAACUCCAGCUAAUUCAUCUGUGACGCUAGAAAUAUCAGUGACCGCUGCUGACGAUGUUAAAGGUGUGAUUAGUGCCGUAUCAAAUAUGUUAAAAAUUACAGAACCUUCAAAUUUUGAAGUGUCUGGAGAGAUGCCGGAAAAGAAACCUAAAGAAAGUACUCAAAUAAAGAAAGAAAAACCAAGCAAUUUACAAAGCUUACUACAGGCUAAGACACAAUUCUGUCGACAUUGUGAUGUCGUCGUGCUUGGUGAAGGUGUUCGCAAAAGAUCAUCUGAUGUGUUAUCUGUGAAUGAUGGUGAUAGUGAUAUGAUAUUUUGUAGUACCACUUGUUAUAUGCAAUACGCAAUCACACAUCAAACGCAACAAGGUAUUCGAGAACACGCCGCGGCUACCGUUGUGAACCACACCAGUAAGGAUCUUGAGUGUAAACAAGAACAAUUACAAUCCAAAACACAGAUACAACAAAAAAUACAACAAAAUGAAGGUGCUAUUAAAGAUGAACAGAAAGGCAAUAAAGGGAAUUUCCGGAGGAGGAAAAAUGGCAGUAUGGAAGAUGCAAUCAUAACACAACCAUUAGUGAAAAAGUGGAAAGAUAUCCGAUGGAAAAAAUGGAAUGUGAAUAUUGUACCAAUGAAAACAUACAAAACGCAUAGUGAUCAAGAUAUUGAUGAUUUAAUCAGAAAAUUAGGAACGUCGCUAAGGCCUGAUCCGUCAUUAAUUGACCACAGAAAGUGUGUAUUUUGUUGUGAAAUGGGUGAUGGUUGUACAGAUGGACCUGCCAGGUUACUCAACAUGGAUGUGGAUAUGUGGGUGCAUUUGAACUGUGCGUUGUGGUCGGCUGAAGUCUACGAAACGCUCAACGGUGCUUUAAUCAAUGUAGAACAAGCACAUAAAAGAGGGGUGUUGAUACAGUGCUGUUACUGUAGUAAAAUGGGUGCUACUGUCGGAUGUCACAAGUUUCGUUGUACCAACGUCUAUCACUUUGACUGUGCCAUCAGAGACAAAUGUAUCUUCUUCAAAGACAAGACAAUGCUUUGCCCGCUACAUUGCCCGUCAAGACAGAGUGAAAACGAACUGAGAACGCAUGUUGUAUUUCGAAGAGUCUAUGUUAGUCGUGACGAAAACAAACAAGUCGCAAGUAUUAUGCAACAAGGAGAAAAGAAACAUACGCUGAGGACAGGCAGUCUGAUAUUCCAUUCUGUAGGACAGUUAUUGCCUCAUCAGUUACAAGUAUUCCAUUCACAAACUGCCAUUUAUCCAGUUGGUUUUGAAACCACUAGGCUGUACUGGAGUAUGAGGUAUACAAACAAACGAUGUCGCUACAUGUGCAGUAUCCAUGACAACUGUGGUAAGCCUGAAUUCUGUAUAAGGGUUAUUGAACAAGGACAUGAAGACGUUGUACUCAGAGAUAGUACAUGUAAAGGUGUUUGGAGUAAAGUAUUAGAAUCAAUUGAGAAACUGAGACGAGAUGCUGUUAUGUUAAAACUGUUUCCAAGUUUUAUAACAGGAGAAGAUGUUUAUGGACUUACAGAACCUUCCAUUCUUAGAGUAAUUGAAUCGCUACCUGGCGUGGAAGGAAUUCUCGGUUAUAUGUUCCGAUAUGGAAGAUCUCCAUUGAUAGAAUUGCCACUAGCUAUUAAUCCAACUGGAUGCGCUCGAUGCGAACCUAGAAUGAGGACGUACAUUAAAAGACCGCAUACAUUGACCAGUAAUACAUCAUCAGGGUCAUACCAAUCUACGGUGACGGGAGACUUGGCCUCGCCAUACACAAAGCAGUUUGCUCAUUCCAAGUCAUCCCAAUACAGACGCUUAAAACAAGAAUGGCGGAACAAUGUCUACUUAGCUCGAUCCAGGAUACAGGGAUUGGGUCUUUUUGCCACGCGUGAUAUUGAGAAACACACCAUGGUGAUCGAAUACAUUGGUACUAUUAUUCGAAAUGAAGUAGCCAAUAGAAGAGAAGAUAUCUACGAGGAAGCCAACCGUGGUGUGUACAUGUUUCGUAUCAACUCGGAUUAUGUUAUAGAUGCAACAUUGACUGGUGGACCCGCUAGAUACGUCAAUCAUUCAUGCUCACCUAACUGUGUUGCUGAAGUUGUUACAUUUGAUAAGGAACAGAAGAUUAUUAUCAUCUCCAAUAGUCGUAUUGCAAAAGGAGAGGAGCUGACAUAUGACUACAAAUUUGACUUUGAAGACGACAAGAAUAAGAUAUCUUGCUUAUGUAAAGCAGUUAAUUGCAAGAAGUGGAUGAAUUAAUAAAAACAAAAAAACUAUUAAAAAAAAAAUGACUAACAUAAAUAGGCUCUAAACAGCUUAGCAGUGUUAAAAUCAAAAUAGAAUUUAUUUUGGGUACAAAUAUCAAUUUUAGGAUAUUCAAAUAAGGAUCAUGUAAAAAAAUCAUGAUAUAAUUGCAUUAAUUUUGUAAAUAUGGUUUCAGAUAUUAUUUUUGUGCCAAACGGGUAAAAAAAAAGUACAGGAAAUAGUGAUGAAUUCAGUUGAUAAUUGUUUUUUAAACAAGGCAUGAUUUCGUGUACAGUAUACAAGACAAUAUCAUAUUUUGAGUCAAUAUUAUUUUUUCUCCAGAUUAAUGUUCAUCAUGUAAAGUAAUUUGAUUGGAGAAUAACAACACUGUAUAAAAGUAUUUUUCCCCUCUGCAUUUUUGACUAGGAGGGCUAGUUUUCAGAAUAGCUUAUUCAAUGUAAAGUGACUUUUGUAGGGAGGAGUACAUCUUAAUUUCCGUGUAUGGGGAGAAAAUAUUGAAUAAUAAAUCAUAGCUGUAAUUCUGAGAAAUUUAAUUUUUUUUGAGCAAGAGAGUAAGUAAUCAUGAAUUUGAUUGUCUUUAUACAUGUAAUAUACAUUGGCAUAAAAAAUUAAAAGUCAUUAC